UUACACUAUACUACUACUACUAAUUAGCGGUACCAUAAGUAGACCAUCUGGCCAUUCCAUACAUUGUCGUGUGGGUAGUGUUUGUGGAGACCCCCAAGGCUUGCUUGCUUGCUUGCUUGCUUGCUUAUUUGCUUGCCUGGCUUGGCUUCUAUACUCUAUCCUGCUUCGGAUUUCGGGCUCCGCCAGUUCUUCUUAUCCAGACGGAAAGAUUGCACCUUGCUGGGCUGAAUCGAACAUCCGCCUUGAUUGCCUUGUGCAUCACACGACUCGGCUCGGGCCAUGGCUUCAUACGAUGACGACCUCCAUCGGCAGCAGUAUCAUCCUUCGAACUCGAUCCCAGAUGCCGCCUAUCCAGAUGAUUCGCCAUUCCGGCUCCAGCUUCAAUCAACCUAUGUCGGCGGGGGGUUUCCGGCUGGUCCUUCGCAUCCCAUGCCCGGAUUUACGUCUCUGGGUCCUCACGUAGGGAACCAGCCUGGAUACCAGCCUCAGCAUCAAGUCCAGCCUCAGCAACAGGGAGCUUGGCAGCCCUAUGACAUCCCCAGCAGCCCUCCUCCUCCGUAUGACCCGAGUCAAGCUCCAAGCGCAUACCCGUAUCCACAGAACGAUGCAACAACCACUGCCGCUCAGACUAUACAUCCACACGCGCACGCCGACGUACACGCCCAAACCGGGGGGAUCGAGAUGAUGCCCUUGCAAACCGUACCGACGGCGACGGCGACAGCACCAACUCACAUGGCGCCUGUGGCACCCGGGGCAUCGACCUCGGCAUUGACCCAAGCGAGCCAUGCUGCGGAAGAUCCCUAUAAGCUAGAUGCAGCAGCUAUGGAGCGUAGACGUAAGCAGAGACGCCUCAGAAUUUGCAUCAUCGUCAUGGCUGUCGUAUUUUUCUUCUGUGGCGCGUUGAUCAUUGGUUUAGCCUUGGGGGUUGUCAAAGGAGCGCUCAACCACCCACCGCCUAACCACGGCAACAAUUCUUUCUAAGGCUAAAGAAGCGCUGGGGUUUCGUCUUUGCGUCGCCGUCGGGGCUGGGCAAAAUCGUUCAUUCCUUUUACGAUCGUUGCUUUCCUUUUCAUCACAUUUUCUCCUUUUCUUUCCCCUUCUCGUU